AUGCAUCCAGGAGCAUAUGCAUCGGCCCCCGGGACUGAUCUCCAGAGAACCACAACACUCAAUCGUUCAUUGGUAGGAGGAGCUACUGCUUCUCGUGAGUUGGCUGUCGCUGGUAGUUCUGAUGAAGGGCUUCCUUCAAGCACAAAUGCAAGGAAUCAAAGUAUCACUACUCCAGCUGACAACAAUAGUGGAUUGGUGGUGGCGAACCAGGUUGAACAAAAUGAAGAACCUACACAGAUUGCUAGACCCGACCAUGUGCACGGGGAAAACAAAUCAACCUCAAUGACUUGCAUCAUCUCUUUUCUCAUUGGUAGCCUUCUAGUUGUUGGAGUCAUUGUUGGUUCCAUCUGCGGCGCUGGUCUCUGCAGCAAAGAAGGUGAUGUGGAGACUCAGGCUCCCACUUCUUUUCGAUAUAUUGUUUUAGAGGACAUUCAAAACAGAAUUGAAGAGGCUUUUGGUCCUGACUAUUUUCCCAAAAAUGAUCAGCCAGAACCCACCCAGCCAAAGUUCAAGGCUCUUGAUUGGAUUGUGUUUGAGGAUCCUCUGCAGCUCGACCCAGAUGCCAACAAUCUUCUACAAAGGUUCAUUGUGGCAUUAACUUACUUUCAAACAUCUCAAGAGAGUGACUGGCUCUAUUGCGGGCCAUCUACAACUGAAGAAACAUGUUGGAUUCAUGUGCACAGUUUAGAAUCGUUGGAAAGUCGGUGGCUUGAAGGUGUCCAUGAAUGUCAAUGGGCAGGAAUUAUGUGCGACAGAGAGAAGAAUAUGACUCAGUUGCACCUCAGGGACAAUGGAUUGAACGGCCCUCUGCCCACAGAACUUGCAAGUCUUCCAGCACUGGAAGAACUAGACUUUAUGAGGAACCAGCUGACAGGAACGGUUCCAAGUAUAUAUGGCAGCUUCUGUUCCCUUUCUGUACUGCGUCUCCACGACAGCCAACUGUCUGGAGGUAUUCCUGUGGAAUUGUUUGGAAACAACAAGCUCUCCUCUCUUUCUUUUUCAGACAAUUCACUAACUGGGACAGUACCUACAGAAGUUGGACUCUUUGAUGGGGUUACGCUUGGAUUUGGUUCAAACAGCUUGUCCGGUUCCAUUCCCACAGAGCUUUUUCAGACCGGCAAAGGAAGUGGUCUUAUUAUUGUUUUCAAUGACAAUAAGGUAUGA